UCUACUCGCUCACCCUGACGUACUCAGCCACCCCAACCCACCUUGGACAUUCACUGUCGCCUACUCCCUGGCACACUUCUUUCGCCCUCAGCUUCUGCCACCUCUCCGUGGGCAAUAUUGCCAGCCUUUCCCUAAUCCCAGAGCUGCAGCCUUGUUCUGUCACUCACCCCAAACCUGUCCCUGUACCAUGUCCCUGGGGCCACUGAAAUUCCAGGCAGUGGGUGAAGAAGACGAGGAGGAUGAGGAAGAAGAGAGCCUGGACUCUGUGAAGGCACUGACGGCCAAGCUGCAGCUGCAAACUCGGCGGCCCUCAUAUCUGGAGUGGACAGCCCAGGUCCAGAGCCAGGCCUGGCGCAGGGCCCGAGCUGGGCCUGGGCCGGGGGAACCUGGGGCCAUCUGCGGCUUCGACUCAAUGGACUCUGCCCUUGAGUGGCUCCGGCGGGAGCUGCGGGAGAUGCAGGCUCAGGACCGGCAGCUGGCGAGGCAGCUGCUUCGCCUGCGGGCCCAGCUGCACCGGCUGAAGGUGGACCAAGCCUGUCAUCUGCACCAAGAGCUGCUGGACGAGGCCGAGCUGGAGCUGGAGCUGGAGCCGGGGGCAGGCCUUGCCCUGGCCCCUCCGCUGCGGCACCUCGGCCUUACACGCAUGAACAUCAGUACUCGGCGCUUCACCCUCUGCUGAGGGGAACCUGCGUGCCUACUGAGCCACCGGCUACCCUUUCCCCAGCCCACCUGGACAGGGGGAAGCAACGGGUGCCCCAGAGGCGCCAGCACCUGGCAGGGGUGGGGGUUGGUGGGUACACUCAGCUCUGGGAGCAUCAAGCGCCAGCCAGCAUCCUCUUCCUGCUACUGCCCCAGCUGUGUGA